AUGUCGCCAUUAGCUCUUAAAACGUCAAUCAUUCAAUGGUGCUUAAAGGAAACGACACCUCCAUCCCAAAUCAUCCAUGUUGAGGAAACAAAUAAAGUUUUUGCCGCACCACCACCAUCGUCACAAGUUGCUAAAGUACCAAUGACAGAUAAGGAAUGUGAAACUGUAAUGAACUUAUCGAUGUUUGACGCAGAUGUCCAGGUUGGUAUAACCUCACCGCCGACACCACUCAAAAUAGGAAAGAAACUACAAGUUUGUCCGGCACCCUAUAGCAUUUUGAGCGUUCAAACCAGGGAAGAGACUCCUUCUGUGAUCGUAAAACCAGUUGCACUAGGAAAGAAACUUCAGGUAUCCCCCCCACCACUUGAGAUAUCAAGUGUUCAAUCAACCCUCCAAGUAGAAAGCGUCCCACAGCCGCCUAUAGUUAAAACCGAGGAACCCCGUAUAGUCUUCGCAGCCCCUCCUUCUCCUCCAACAGUGACAAUGGUAGAUGCAGAAAUUGACGCCCUUGAAUUAGGGCAAUUAUUUGGCGCUUCAACACAGUCAAGUCCUGUAACGUUUGCGGAUACAAUGAAGCCACCGGAGAAACCACUCACCUGCGGGAAAAAAUUGCAGGUUGACCUACGCGCUGAUUUAGUUGAGAGUAAUGUUCAGACGGCUGCCAUAGUGAAACUAGAAGUUGUCCGUGUUCAAACAGAAACCGAGCCAACAAGAAGGUCCAUAACAAACAGCAUGUCUACUCAAGCGAACAAUGUACAGCAGCCUGAAACACCAGCUACAUAUGGCAAGAAAAUGCAAGUUGAUUUGCGUCCGCCAAUGGACGAGAAGUCGGCACAAAUAGAGCUCCCGUACUCUCUUAAAAUGACUUCUGUGCAAACUGAAAUGGCCGCUCCAACACCAGUGAUGAUACCACAACCAGUAAAGGUGUCUCAGUCACUAUACUCGGCUCCACCAAGGCCUAAUACUGAAGAUCGAGGUAUCGAUGCAAAACCUUUACCACUAAUGAGCAUCACUGUAACUCAAGCCGAUGCACCAAGCCCGACCAUUUCCCACGUCCAGUCUACGUUUCAUCAGCCCGAGCUCACAGUAUCCAAAGUCCAAAUGUGCGAUUUUGACUGUAAUCCCUUGUCAACACUGACGAGUAAUAUGACCACACAAUCGGAAGAGGUGAUGAAAUUUGCUAAAAAAAUGCAGGUGAAACCGCCGGCAAUGGAGAUCGGAAUAAGCCAAACGACCUGGCAAGAGGUGGAUGUUCCUCCAAUAAUCGGAGUGAAGGAGGCACCGAUGGUUAGGUCUGCACCGCCGCUGCCGACGCAAGUUUCAAUGAAGGAUGCGGCCACCGAUCCCUUGUCAAGCAAACAAUGUACCAACGCAUUUACUCAGGUUGAACCUGUCCCUACGUAUGGAAAGAAGAUGCAAGUUGUGCCUCCAGCUCUAUGUAGCUGCACCUGUCAAGCAGUCCCAACUGAGACUUCUGCACCGUCGCCAAUCAUUAGGUCCACCGAAGAGGCCGUAAGAGUGUUUGCUGCACCGCCAGUCAAGGCGCUGACAACCGAGGAUAAGGCCUGCGAGCCGAUGUUCAAAACACCUGUGAACGACGUCUCGCUGCAAUACGAUACAUUAACUCACAAGCCACCCAGCCGCAGCGUGCGAAUUCAAAAAGGUGUUGGAGCAUUUGAAGGAAAGCGUGUAAUUGGUGUUCAGUACAACGCACCUGAGCCUCGUCGUUCACCAUUAUCACCACUGCUCUCUCGCAAUACGAGUGGAAUUGAAUGGGGUGUCCAGAUCCAGCCUACGACAUUGGUAGGAACUACACAAACCCCACCAAUGGAGACGUCCGUGGUCUUCACUACGUCCAAGCCCGAUGUGUACUCCAGAACUACUCAAGUAGACCUGGAGCAAUAUAAGCCCAUGAAGCAAGCAGAUCUCUUUUCGACUGCUCCGAUUCCGGCAAGACAGCCACAGAACCUCUUCUCCUUUGUGCGUGAAACCAAAGCAAAGGUAUCUUCACGCCGAAUAAGAUCUGGGUCACAGGGUCUGAUUCCUUACAAAACUCAAGUCUUUAGUCCCUCUAGCAGUCUUUCUUUAAGUGUGCCAGCAAUGCUCAAUGUUCAAACUGACGCUCCGAGCCCUGCUACGAUUGCUGACUGCUACGGGUACACAAAUCGCAUCGCUGCCUCACAGGUGCCUCGACGCUACAUCAGUCGCUUCAGAUCGCCUACUGUAAGAGGUUCAUAUGAUAGGAGAAACAAAUCUAUGGAAAAUAUCUACUUUAGGGGUUCCCGAACCAUGCAUCGCCAAUUCAUCAGUGAUAGUGAUCUCACUAUGGGUAACAGACGGAUGCUGCAGCAAAUGGAAUUGGAGGAGCGAUGUGAAGAGUGCAUUACCCAGUGUGUGCGCCUGAUAGGUUACGAAAAAGCAGCCCAAAUGCUGAUGGAUGCAAGGUUUUGUACGGAAUUCGGCCAGCACGGAGAUUUGGAAGGCGACAGCAGAAGAAGACAUCUCCAGAAUGCCCGAACGCAGUACACAUCGACAACGACAAUCUCAUGUCCUUACUGCUGUCAAGCCAGUGUGCGGGAAGGCGAAGGUAGGACACGGUGGCCUUCCGGUGCAGGCGAGGAGGAGUUUUAUAGUGGGGAAGACGGAUAUGAGUGGGACUCGAUGCAAUCUUCUUAUGGUUCCGCAAAGCACGGCAGCUAUAGGUGGGUCUCGAGGACUCCCGUCAUCAGAGUUAUGCAAACAGAACCAACGAGUGAUGCUGUGGAUAUGCUGAUGAAGAAUCGAGCACUGAGCGCUUACUGUAGUGACUAUGAGCUGCAGCAGAGUGGAAUAAAUGCAAAUUUCGAGGAGAAUGCAGCCUUUACCUUUGUGGCCUGGAAGACAGAUCAACAGGGUGAGGACAAAUUGGAAUUGGACACUGUGGGCAACCUCCUUAGGCUCACCCUGGUCGGAGCUCGUGUGCCAGGAACAGGUGAGGUGAUUUCUGCUGCUGAUGCCUUCUACCGCAGUAUCCUGCGUGUUAUCUACAUGGACGAUGAACGUGGUGUCAUUAUGCCCCUUACAACUGCAAUCAAUGCUAAUGCAGUGAUAGUUGAGAAGCGCUUCUCUACGGGCGUUGGUAUUGCCUUCCACCAUUCCCCUCGUAAGUAUCCCGUUGAAUGCACAGCCGUAUGGCAGACUCCCAACAUGCGCCGACGAACAUACCGCGUUAAUUACAUCCGCUUGAGUGACAAAGAACGCAUUCCAGUCAGCAGGGCAUUGGAGCAAGGCAUAAUUGACAAGUAUAGUGGUGAGAUCGUCGGUGUGCGGACACUACCAAAGGCAGAAAUGGGGGAUCCCCUCCUUCAGAUGCGAGAAUCCAGUGUUGGCACUGGUGAUACUAUGGCUCGCAAACAACAUCCCGAGAGGUUCAAUAUUCGUGAGGCCAUUCUGAAUGACAUUGUCAGCGUGGAUCUCAUUCAGCCGGAAAUCAUUCUUCUGCCCAGUUCCGAGGCGGACACCGCAACACACAGUCGACGACGUGAGGGAAGCGUCUCACCCAGUACAGAAAGCAAUUCGGAUUUGGAGGUCUAG